CCCACCCCUUACAAACAACAUCAUCACCACUGUACCUAAAUCAGGAAGCAUCGAGACACGUUUGUUUGUUUCUCUGUUUCUGUUUUUUUUUUGUACGGAGACACUUUUGGUGAUUACAGCAACGUCGACCGAUACAGAGGGAAAAUACGUAGACCUGAUUGUUGAUGAUCACCGUCGACUACUCAGAAGACUGACAGUCUGGUUACAUCCAGUGCAAGGCUCAGCUGUGGAUGCAUUUGACACAGACUAACCGGAGAAGGUCUCUGUCAGCAGCAUGGGCCAGCAUCUAGUAAAGAGGGAGUCGCCUGCAGACAGCAAGGCUUCAUCACCUGAACCUGAAGCAGCGCAGACAGCAGAAGCAGAAGCAGAAGCAGAAGUAGCAGCAGCAGAAGUAGUAGCAGCAGAACCUGAAUCCCAAGAUGAAGUCUUUGGCCUGGGUGAGGCAGAUGCGAACCAGAACAAUGGCUGCGUCUCGGAGAAGCCGGCGGUGACUGACUCCACGGGCGCUGAGGGCCCCCGCCAGCCUUGGACCGACUCCAACACAGCCGACCCUGACGCUGCCACGCCACGCCCCCACCUGGUCCGCCUCUUCUCCCGAGAUGCCCCGGGCCGAGAGGACAACACCUUCAAAGAGCGACCCUCUGAAUCGGACGAGCUACAGACCAUCCAGGAGCACAGCGGAGCGGCUUCAGAGUGCGGGUCGGAUAACCCUGAACAGGACCUAGAUUAG